CCGCAUAAAUUUUUAAAUUUUGAAUAAUCAUCUUACUUACCUUAUUCCUUGGAUGCUUGAACUAUCAGAUGGCAGAGUACUUCAAUAAGAAAUAUGAUAUCUCAGGCAACAUUCCCCUUGGAAGUUUCAAUUCAAUGUUCAAUUUCACUUGUUCUUGGCAAGUUGAUGCGGCAACUACCAAAUCCCUUGCCAUGGUUGGAUACAUAAUUCCUCUUUUUACAGUUAAACUAGAAAAGCCAAAUUUAAUUUUGCGUGAGGAAGUUAAACGAGUUGUUCCUUAUUCUUGGGAUCCUGCAUCAUUGGCAAGUUUUAUUGAGAAUUUCGGAACACAUAUUGUUACAUCUGUGACAAUUGGUGGAAGAGAUGUAGUUUACAUAAGGCAGCACCAGUCAUCUCCUUUGACAGGAUUGGAUAUAGAGAAUUAUGUAACAGAUAUGGGUGAUCAUAGAUUUCAGGACUCAAAUAGCCAGUCAACCGCUGGCCCCUUAAAAUACAAAGACAAGGAUGUUACAGUAAUUUUUAGAAGAUGAGGGGGAGACGAUCUUGAACAAAGUCAUUCCAAGUGGGCAGAGACUGUAGGAUUAGCACCCGACGUGAUAAACAUGACGUUCACUCCCAUUGUUUCUUUACUUGAAGGAGUACCUGGAAUAAAGCAUUUAGCUCGUGCAAUCGAGUUAUAUUUGGAAUUCAAACCGCCUAUUGAAGAUUUACAGUAUUUUUUUUAUUUUCAAAUCGCUCGAAUUUGGGCUCCUGAGCAGAAUAACCUGCAAAGAAAGGAGCCUGUUUGUUCCUCUCUUUAGUUCAGCUU